UCACGACCUCCACCUCCACGCCCUACUCCUCCACCACGCUGCCCACCUCCUCGGAAACCACCCUGCAAAUUUCCACCACCACCACUGGCCCCACGACGACACCUACCGUAUCCUCCACCAGCGCGGCCUCCACCACCACCACCACCACCACCGAGUCCACCACCACCUGCGAACCCGAACUGUGCUUCUGGAGCGAAUGGUUCGACGUCGACUUCCCCUCCUCGGGGCCCAGCCAGGGAGACUUUGAAACCUACCACCACAUCCGGGCCGCCGGGAAGGAAGUCUGUCAGCGCCCAAAGGAAAUCGAGUGCCGGGCCGAGGACUACCCCGACGUCUCCAUCCAGUCAAUCGGACAGGUCGUGCAGUGCGACGUCCACUUUGGACUGGUGUGCAAGAACGAAGACCAGGCUGGCAAAUUUAAGAUGUGCCUCAACUACAAGAUCCGCGUCCUCUGCUGCAGCCCAAACGACAAGUGCCCAAGCAGCACCACCUUGCCCACCACCAGCCUUACCACCAUUACUACCACAUCUGAACCGUGCUGCACCAGCACUUCUUCUACCCCUCUUGGACAAAGAUACAAAUUAUCCAACUGUACAGAAAUCAUCUGUAAGGGAGACAACAAGGUAGAAGUAAUUCCAACAAACUGCCCACCUGUAAAGGAAAUUACCUGUGCGAACAAAUAUCCAGCAAUACUGGUACCUGAUGAAGAUGGCUGCUGUUACCGAUACGAGUGUCAAUGUGUGUGCAGUGGAUGGGGUGAUCCUCAUUAUAUUACUUUUGAUGGAACCUACUAUACUUUCCUCGAAAACUGCACUUAUGUCCUGGUGAAACAGAUUGUACCUAAAUACGACAACUUCCGUGUUUACAUUGACAAUUACUACUGUGAUUCAGAAGAUGGACUUUCCUGCCCUAAAUCCAUUAUUAUUUUCUACAAAUCUGCAGAAGUGGUGCUGACCCGUAAACUCAUGAAUGGUGUAAUGACCAAUGUGAUGUACUUCAACCAAAAGAUUGUCAAACCAGGCUUCAAAAAAGAUGGCAUUUCUUUCUCCACACUUGGCAUCAACAUGAUUGUUGAAAUACCAGAGAUUGGUGCAACCAUCACCUUUAGCGGGCUGAUUUUCUCCGUGAAACUCCCAUACAGUAAAUUUGGCAACAACACUGAAGGACAGUGUGGAACGUGUACAAAUAAUGUAUUAGAUGAAUGCCGCUUACCAAGUGGUAAGAUCAUUUCUUCCUGUCCCCAAAUGGCUCAUCACUGGAUCGUUGAUAACAACAAGUCAUGCCAUGGAGUACCAAUACCACCAGUUGUAACCACACCUCCACCAAAACCUCACUGCGAAACGCCUCCUCUCUGCAAUCUUAUCUGGAGCGAGAUUUUUGCAGAAUGCCGUGAUGUGAUACCACCAGAACCAUUUUUCAAAGGCUGUGUUUUUGAUGGAUGUCGCACAGCUGAUGAAUACAUGCAGUGUGCCAGUUUGGAGAUGUAUGCUACAGAGUGUGCUGCUAGAGGUGUCUGCAUUGACUGGAGAGGAAAGACUAACAAUACAUGCCCAUACAACUGUACAGGAAGCACAGUAUACAAGUCAUGUGGGCCCAUUAAUCCUGCUACCUGUGACCCAAGCUUUGUUGAGCUUCCUGGCUAUGGAGUAACUGAAGGAUGUUUCUGUCCUGAAGGAAAGUCACUCCUGAGUAAAGACAGCAACAUCUGUGUCUCUGAAUGCUCUUGUAGGGAAUCAAAUGGAGUAUCCAGAUGGCCUGGAGCUGUCAUUCCCUCAGGCCCCUGUGAAGAAUGCACCUGCUAUGAAUCCUCUUACUCAAGGCCUCACCACGCUACUGUCAAGUGUGAGCCUGUUGUCUGUGACACAGACUGCCCACCGGUUGGAGAAUUCUGGAACCCACCUGGUGAUAACUGUACAACUUACACAUGUGAAAAACAUGAUGACCAGUUCAUUCAAGUCCUUUUACAGAAAAGCUGUCCUGUCUUUAACCCUGAUGACUGUGAUCCAGAUGACAUCAAGCUAUCUGACGAUGGCUGCUGUAAGGAGUGCCAAGUAAAACUGAAGAGAGCCCAGAUUGAAAUCCAACAGGAACCAGGAAGCAAAUACACUGAGGUUGUUCAGCAGAAACAAAACAUUUCAUCUAAGGUGAACAUCAUCCAGCCAAUGCUGACAAAUCCAGUAAUAACAUCUUCCAAUCCUGCUCACAAUGGCCGUGUGUGCAGCACAUGGGGCAACUUCCACUUCAAGACCUUUGACGGAUACAUAUUCUCCUUCCCUGGGCUCUGUAAUUAUGUCUUUGCAUCCCAUUGCAAUGCUCCCUAUGAGGAUUUCAACAUCCAGAUUAGGCGCACAGUGGUGGAAAAUGCUCCAACAAUUAACCGUAUCACCAUGAAACUUGAAGGUGUUGCUGCUGAACUAACAAAGGAUACUGUCAUGAUCAACAGCAACAGAGUUCAACUGCCGUACAGCCAAUCUGGAAUUAUGAUAGAGAAAAGCAGCAUUUAUGUGAAAGUUGCCAGCAAAAUGGGUAUUGUGUUAAUGUGGAAUGAAGAUGACAGUAUCCUGCUAGAAUUGAAUGAGAAAUAUGCCAAUCAGACCUGUGGACUCUGUGGGGACUUCAAUGGCUUUCCAAUUUACAAUGAGUUCUAUUCAAACAAUAUUAAGAUGACACCCUUGCAGUUUGGGAAUAUGCAGAAAAUGGAUGGGCCAACAGAACACUGUGAAGACUCCACUUCUACCCUGCCAGAUAAUUGCACUGAUAAUUCUGAUGACAUAUGCCAGAAAACAUUGACCGGCUCUGCAUUUGCAGAGUGUAAUGACCUAGUUGAUGUUAGAGAGUACAUUAUGGCUUGCCAAGAUGACUUGUGCCACUCUGAAGAGUCUAAAAAUGCCUCAUGUAUCUGUGACACCUUUGCUGAAUACUCUCGGCAGUGUGCUCAUGCUGGUGGGCAUCCUCUGAACUGGAGAACCUCAAAACUGUGCCCCAAGAAGUGUCCUUCCAACAUGCAGUACCAGGAGUGCAGCUCCCCCUGUGCUGACACAUGCACCAACCCUGAACGAUCUCAGUUUUGUGAAGAACACUGCAUGGAUGGUUGUUUCUGCCCCCCAGGGACUGUAUUUGAUGACAUCAACAAUUCUGGCUGCAUUCCCCCUCAGCAGUGCUCCUGUGUUUACAAUGGCAAGACCUACGCUACAGGAACUUCUUUUUCAGAGCAGUGCCAUUCCUGUACCUGUAAUGGAGGCCAAUGGAGUUGCCAAGACAUGUCAUGCCCAGGAACAUGUUCACUAGAGGGAGGUUCACACAUUUCCACAUAUGAUAAAAAACAUUACAGUCACCAUGGACACUGCACUUACGUCCUUUCUAAGCAUUGCAAAGAUGAAACAUUCACCAUCCUGGUAGAACUAAGCAAAUGUGGCCUAACAGACACCGAGACAUGCUUAAGGACAGUGACUCUCAACAUGAAUAAAGGACAAACUCUCAUCGAGGUCAAACCUGAUGGUGGUGUGUUUAUGAACUCGAUCUCCACCCAGCUGCCCAUUUCAGCAGCUAAUGUCACUGUGUUCAGACCUUCAUCAUUCUUCAUCAUCAUGCAGACAAGCUUUGGCGUCCACCUUGAAAUCCAAAUCAUACCCAUCAUGCAAGUAUUUGUGCGACUGGAUCCUAUUUUCAAAGACCAGACCUGUGGUCUCUGUGGAAAUUUCAAUAAUAUCCAAACUGAUGACUUCAGGGUCAUGAGUGGAAUAAUUGAAGGAACAGCAACAGCAUUUGCUAAUACGUGGAAAACUCAGGCUUCAUGUCCUAAUAUCCAGCACAGUUUUGAGAACCCUUGUGCACUCAGCAUUGAUAAUGAAAAAUAUGCUCAGCAUUGGUGUGGACUACUAACUGACAGCAAGGGACCUUUUGCUGAUUGUCACUAUGCAGUGAAUCCCUCUGUUUACCACACGAACUGCAUGUUUGACACAUGUAAUUGUGAAAAUAGUGAGGAUUGUCUGUGUGCAGCCCUGUCUUCCUAUGUGAGAGCUUGUGCUGCAAAAGGACUCCAGCUGCAUGGAUGGAGGACUGAUGUCUGCUCAAAAUACAGCACCUCAUGUCCCAAAUCGCUAAACUACAGCUAUACCAUUGCUUCCUGUCAACCCACUUGUCGGUCUCUGAGUGAGCCCGAUGUUACAUGCAACAUUAAGUUUCUCCCAGUUGAUGGCUGCACCUGCGUAGAUGGAACCUACAUGGAUGAGAAUGGCAAAUGUGUGCCUGCUAAUGAAUGCCCUUGCUACUACAGAAGAUCUCCCAUACCACUUGGAGAAGUUGUCCAUGAAAAUGGGUUGGUAUGCACUUGCAUCCAGGGAAGACUGAAUUGCAUUGGAGCACCCAAUCCAACUCCAGUCUGUGAAUCUCCCAUGGUCUACUUUGACUGUAGAAAUAUCACUGCAGGAGCAACUGGAGCAGAAUGUCAAAAAAGUUGCCAGACUCUGGAUAUGCAGUGUUAUAGCACACAAUGUGUAUCUGGCUGCAUGUGCCCAGCUGGGCUCGUGUUAGAUGGGAAUGGUGGUUGUAUUCCUGAAGAGGAAUGUCCAUGUAUUCACAAUGAAGCCAUGUAUCAGCCUGAGGAAAAGAUCAACGUUGACUGUAACACCUGUGUAUGCAAGAAUAGGAAGUGGGAAUGCACCAAAGAUCAAUGUCUGGGCACUUGUGUUGUUUAUGGAGAUGGUCACUAUAAUACCUUUGAUGACAAAAGGUUCAGCUUCAAUGGAAACUGUGAAUACACACUAGUCCAGGACCACUGUGGGAAGAGUGGCACAGCCAAUGGGACCUUCAGGGUUAUCACUGAAAAUAUUCCCUGUGGCAACACUGGGACAACUUGCUCAAAAUCUAUCAAAGUUUUCUUAGAGAGCUAUGAACUGAUACUUGGUGAGGAGCAUGUCAGUGUCGUAAAGAGAGGACAAAAUGACGAGGUGCCAUACACAGUCCGCUAUAUGGGUAUGUACUUGGUAAUUGAGACCACAAGCGGACUGAUCCUUAUGUGGGACAAGAAAACCAGCAUCUUCAUCAAGCUCAGCCCUGAUUUUAAGGGCCAGAUCUGCGGCCUCUGUGGAAAUUAUGAUGGCAAUGGCAUCAAUGACUUUACCACAAGGAGUCAGUCUGUGGUAGAGAAUGUCCUAGAGUUUGGAAACAGCUGGAAAGUAUCCUCUACAUGUCCUGAUGCUCACAGCAUAAAGGACCCAUGUUCUACCAACCCUUAUCGAAAGUCCUGGUCAGAGAAACAGUGUAGCAUCAUCAACAGCAACAUCUUUGCUGCCUGUCACUCUCAGGUUGAACCAGCAAAAUAUUACCAAGCAUGUGUGAUAGAUGCUUGUGCAUGUGACACUGGAGGAGACUGUGAUUGCUUUUGUACAGCAGUAGCUGCGUAUGCUCAAGCAUGUAGUGAAGUUGGUGUCUGCAUAGCCUGGAGAACCCCAUCAAUCUGUCCACUGUUCUGUGAUUACUACAAUCAACAAGGGGAAUGUGAAUGGCACUAUAAGCCUUGCGGAGCCUCCUGUAUGAAGACCUGUAGGAACCCAAGUGGAAAAUGCAUCCAUAACUUGCCAGGUUUAGAAGGCUGCUACCCUAACUGCCCACCAGACAAGCCAUAUUUUCAUGAGGAUCAGAUGAAGUGCGUUAGUCUCUGUGACUGUUAUGAUAAUGAAGAUGGAAAGAUAUAUAGACGGGAUGAAUGUCAUGUGUGUGAAUGCACAUCAGAAGGUUUACAGUGCAAGUUUGAUGAUAAAGGACCAAGGCCUGACUACUGUGUGAUUAAUGGUACAACAUACAAGGUUGGAGCAUCAACAGUAACCGAUUCAUGUAUGAACUGUACCUGCACAUCUGAGAUAGAUAAAGCAUCUUGGCAAAAUAUAUGGCAUUGUGAAAGAGUUCAAUGUGAAAAAUCUUGUCCACCGGUUGGUGAAAUCCUGCUACUUGAUCAUUGCAGCCAUUACAAAUGUGAAAUAAUUGAAGAUCAACUUGUUGCAGUCCAAACUAAAAAAGUAUGCCCCGAGUACAACCCAGAAGAGUGCGAUCCUGUGACCAACUUCAUCAUGCAACAGACCAAUGUUAUCAUCUCUGAUGCCACUCCUUCUGCUGUUAAGGUAUUUUAA